UACUGGCGCCUAGAAGUUUUGUUGAAUGCAUUUCAGCAUAGUUCGAAUGCAAUUUGUUAUUGGACAUCAGAAAACUCAAACUCUGCAGAACAAUUUUACGAUCAUAUAAAAGUGAAACUACUCAAAUACGUUAAUCAUUCCAAACACAACCAUUACUGAGUAAUCAUUCAACUAAAUACAGCUUCAAGCCAACUUCAACUCCUUUAAAAUGCGUGCCUUCAUCGUUCUCUGUUUGUUCACCGUUACCUGCGCGGAUAAGUUGGGCUACAACUAUCGCCCUGUAGGACACUCAGACGCUGGACUCUCGUUUGCACCAGGUGGUUCCUCAGGACUCGCAGGUCUCGGCGGCAGUGGCGGAUUAGGCGAUAGUGGGUUUGGUGGAUUAGGUGGCAGCAGUGGUGGACCUUCUGGAUUGGGUAGCUAUGGUGGACCAGGAGGUGCAGCGACACAAGUUUCACCUUCUUACUCCGCACCCGCAGCUGAAUUCGAUAAGGAGUUCUACACCUACAGCGCUGAUGAGAAUGACUUCAAUGAACCUGCCGGCAGCGAAAACCUGGACGCUUUAUUAAAGAAGAAUCUGCGUGUUGUCUUCGUAAAGGGACCCGAAAGUAAUGGUUUGGAGAACGCCGCCCUCAAUCUUGCCAGACUUGCUGCCGAAAAGAAAACAGCCAUCUAUGUUCUACAAAAACAAGCCGACUUGGGUGAUUUGGCCAACAAAUUGCAGUCUCAACACGACCUUACAGGUCACAAACCCGAUGUACACUUCGUCAAGUACCGCACACCAGAAGACGCUGCUAAUGCCCAACGUGCUAUUCAAUCGCAAUACGAUCAAUUGGGUGGCAACUCUCAAUCGCACGAUGGUGGCGCCGCACCAGUUCAUGACUUUUCGUCUCCUGCCGCGCGACCAGCUGCCCGUCCAGUAAGUGCUCCAGGUGCUUCAUACUUGCCUUCCUCGAUUAUCCGUAAAUAAUUUAAGUAUAAUUGUGGUUAAUAUUUUUCUGAGAUAUAAUUCUAAGGCUCUUUGUUAUUGUUUUUAUACUGU